AACCCUAGUUCGCCAUAUUUGCCAAGUCACAAGUAUGCAAAUGAUUACUCAGUCACAUGUAUUCAAAUACGUGUGACUGGCUAACUCAUUUGCAUACUUGUGACUGGGCAAAUACGGCACUGACCGACAGCUCCGAAUUCGAAGUGGAACAUCUGGUGGUCAGGAUGGCGGAAGAUUUGAAGGGAAAAGUACAAACAGUUCUGGGACCGAUAGACCCUGCUGAGCUAGGUCGAACCCUGACCCAUGAACACCUCAUGAUCGACGCCUCUCCUCUGGGAGUUGGCAUCCCCCCUCCCCCCUUCCUCCCCAACAUGAACAGUCUGCCCUUCAACAUGGACAACCUUGGAUUCAUCAGGCAGUUUCCAUGGAGCUACAAGCCAAACCUGACCCUGUACGGGGAGGAGCAGCACGUGAUGGAAGAGCUGAAGUUCUUCAAACAACAUGGCGGCUCCUCCAUGGUGGAAUGUACCAUUGUGGGUCUGGAGAGGGACAUGAACAUGAUGAAGAGAAUGGCAGAGGAGUCUGGGGUCAACAUCAUCUCUGGAACAGGUUACUACGUAGAUGCUGCGCUUCCGGCAGAGGUCCACAGCGCAACUCAGGAGCAGCUGGUGGCAACCAUGGUCCAAGACGUCACCCAGGGGGCUGCUGGGACUGGCAUCAGGUGCGGGGUAAUCGGGGAGAUUGGAACGUCCUGGCCAAUUACAGCAACAGAGAAGAAGGUGCUUGUUGCCACGGCAGCAGCUCAGACCCAGCUGGGCUGUCCCGUCAUCAUCCACCCUGGUCGGAACCGAGCGGCGCCGGCCGAGGUCAUCCGCAUCCUGGCAGAGGCCGGGGGGGACAUCAGCAGGACGGUCAUGUCACAUCUGGACAGGACCAUCUGUGACCACGAUGAGCUUGCGGAGUUUGCGAAACUGGGCUGCUAUCUGGAGCUGGACCUGUUCGGGAUCGAGGUGUCGUAUUACCAGCUGGGCGACUUCGACAUGCCCAGCGAUGCCCAGAGGAUACAGAUGAUCAAACAUGUGCUGGACGAGGGGUACGAGGAUCGCGUGGUGAUCGCACAUGACCUGUACACCAAGCACAGGCUGAUGCACUACGGUGGCCACGGUUACUCCCACAUCCUGCUGAAUGUGGUUCCCAUGAUGCUGGCCCGGGGAAUCUCUCAGGAACAGGUGGACAAGAUGCUCAUCCACAACCCCAGGAACUGGCUCACCUUCAAGUAAACAAACAUACAAACAACAAACAACAUGCUCAUCCACAACCCCAGGAACUGGCUCACCUUCAAGUGAACCAACCAACCAACAAACAAACAAACAAACA